AUGCCAUCUACCGCACCUGUGAAUAAAAAAAAGAGAGCUAGAGGAGAAGAUAGAGCUCCAGCUAGCAGAGAUAACGAUGAAGAAAUUACAGAUCCAUCAUCUGAAGAUGAAAGUGGUGGUGAAGAUGAAGAUGAAGACCUUCCACAUGGUGAGGAACUUGAGUCUGAUGAAGAGUUUGAAACUGAAAAUCCUGCUGAUAAGAGAAGAAGAUUGGCUAAGCAAUAUUUGGAAAAUUUGAAAACUGAAGCUAAUGAAAUAAUGACAGACGCUUUAGAUGAAGAUGAAGAGGCUAAAAAAGGUGGUGAAAUUGAUAAUUAUAACAACUUUGAUGCUCGGGAUUUGGAUAGAGAUAUCAUUGCAUCAAGAUUGAAACAAGAUGUUGCUGAACAACAAGGUCGUGUAUUCAGAUUCAUAGCCGACAAGUUGUUAAUUAAAGAAGCAAAGACUAGUUUUACAAGAAUUAAUGAAAAGAAUCUAACCUCUAUCAGUUGUUACCAGCCAGUAAUUAACAAAUUUGAAUACGAUACAAAAGAAAAUUCCAAGAAUAAAAAUAAAAUAUUUGCAUACACAGUUAGCAAGGACCUUCAGCUAACUAAAUAUGAUGUUACUGACUUUAAUGAAAGACCAAAAAAACUGAAAUAUACCAAAGGUGGUAAAAAAUACAUGCCAAAAAGUUCAUACGAAUAUGAGAAUACCACCGAAGGUCACUAUGAUGAAAUAUUAACCGUUGCAGCAUCUCCAGAUGGUAGAUACAUAGUAACUGGUGGUAGAGAUAAAAAAUUAAUCAUAUGGAGUACAGAAGCUUUGGCGCCAAUUAAAGUAAUACCAACAAAGGAUAGAAAUGGUGCUGUCAUGUCACUUGCAUUUAGAAAGAAUACCGAUCAACUGUAUGCAGCUUGUGCUGAUUAUAAAAUUAGAACAUUUUCCAUCAACCAAUUCUCACAAUUGGAAAUCUUAUACGGUCAUCAUGAUCUAGUUGCUGAUAUUUCUGCAUUGGGUUUGGAAAGAUGUGUAACAGUAGGUUCAAGAGAUAGAACAGCUAUGUUAUGGAAGAUUCCUGAUGAGACUAGGCUUACAUUCAACGGUGGUGAAGAUACAGGAAAAUUAUUAAAGAAAUGGAUGAGACAAAAUGCAAAAGAAGGUUCAAACGGUGAAACCAUAUACCCAGACAAAUCAGAAGCCCCAACCUUUUACGGUGAAGGUAGUAUUGAUGUUGUUACAAUGAUUGACGACUCGCAUUUUGUUACCGGUUCUGAUAACGGUAACUUAUGUUUAUGGUCAUUAGCUAAGAAAAAGCCAUUAUCCAUUCAAAGAGCAGCACACGGUAUUUUGCCUAAACCAGAUUCAUUAAGAGUGUCAGGUGAAGAAAAUUCAAGUAUUAGGGAAUGUCAACUACAAGGAGAUAAACUUACAAAACCAUAUUGGAUUACAUCAGUUUAUGCCAUUCCAUACAGUAAUAUUUUUAUUUCCGGUUCUUGGAAUGGGAGCUUGAAGGUGUGGAAAUUAAGUGAAAACUUAAGGGAAUUCGAACAUUUGGGUGAUUUGAAUAAUUGUAAAGGUGUUGUUACAAAGAUCCAAGUUGUUGAAAGUGGUAAACAUGGCAGAGAAAAAUUCAGAGUUCUUGCGAGUGUCUCAAAAGAACACAAGCUAGGUAGAUGGGUUGGUGAAAUACCAGGUGCUAGAAAUGGUAUUUACUCUGCAGUUAUUGAUCAAACGUCAUUUUAA